AUGAAGUACUCAAGGAUAGUCGUGAUGGGGCCGCCUGGAUGCGGGAAGGGAACCCAGUCAAGCCUCAUAUCUGAGAAAUACGAGAUUCCUCAUGUGAGUUCCGGGGACAUUAUCCGGGAGGAAAUGAAGAAGAGCUCGAAAGAAGCAACGGUUAUUCGGGAAAUGGUUAAUUCUGGAAGGCUGGCGCCUGAUGAGAUUGUCAACGAGCUGGUGCUUAAGAAGAUUCGGAGUAUGAGCAAGUACAUUCUCGACGGGUACCCCAGGAGAAUUGAGCAGGCAGGGAUGCUAGGAGAUGAUGUUGACCUGGUUAUAUUCAUUGAUGUCGAUGAGGACACGUGCAUCUCCAGGAUCUGCGGGCGAAACGAGGGAAGAGACGACGAUGACGAGGAGGUUGGAAGAAAGCGGUGCAUGGUGUACAACAAGGAGACUGCGCCUGUGCUUGAGUUCUAUAAGAGACAUGGGAAGCUCCUGACGAUUAAUGGAUGUGCCUCUCCUGGGACGGUGUUUGAAGAGAUCCGUAGGUCCAUCGAAUGA